CCAGCGGCGGCCGCGAUCCGCCGAACGGCGCCGUCUGCAGCGAGAGCAGCAGACGACGCUGGGAGCGCGUCGGCGAGAUUGUCGCCGUGUGCGUUGUGCUUCGCGCCGGCGCUGUGACCGGUUGGUUGGCCGUGGUCGUCGACGGAAUGGCGUAGCGCUUCGUGGGGAUGUGCGUGCUUGUGUGUGAGGUGUUCAUGUGCCACCGGUGAUUAGAAAAGAAGGCGAGCAAACGGGCCGAAGAAGCCUCGGGCGCCGAGCAGCUACCCCGGGGUUUGACCCGCGCCGCCUGGGUCUAGAGCUCGGGCGCUACCGGAGCGCUGGGCCCGAGGAGCCGUAGCCCGUCAAGGAGUUCCUGGCGCCUGUAUUUUUUCGAGACGUCUCCAAGCAUCGCGGCGCCUGGCAUACUCUCUCUAAGACAGAAUGAAAGGCUGCGGGGCACUGGCCAAGAGUCGACGCCAUCUUGAACGACGCACGUAGACAGGCUGCUGCACGGGAGGCACAAUGAUGACGUCCCCGUCCGGCCCCUGCGGACGCUUGGACGCGGAAUACCGGAGUACAGACACGUCUUGCGAACGCGUCAGCAGCGAGGGAAGUGGUGUCGACAGCAGCGAUUCCGGGACCGUUGUUGCUGUCCCGAGUCCUCUUCCUGGAGCGGUCACCUCCAUGACACUGUCAGGCGGCCGGUGACGCAGCCGGUGAUCUGCAUCACCCGCCGGCGAGCGACGCAUGGAGGACGGCCGGCCGCCGCCGUACUCCAGCCGCGGUUCCCUCGCCGAUCACCGACAGGUGAUCAUUGACUUGGAUCAGAGUGCAAUAAGCCCUGGUGUAGGGGCGAGGACGCACAAGUCAGUGCCGUCGCAACAGCCGCAGCAGCAGCAGCAGCAGUCAUCCCAGCAGCAGCAACAGCAGCAAACCGAGCCGCCGGUGGUGACUCCACGCUACAUGCGGAGCGCACCGAUCAAGCUCCUCACCCAUCCCGUAGAUAGGAACCUCACCUGGUACUUUGUGGCCUCCAUCGCAUUCGUGUCCGUCUGCGCCAUCAUUGGCCUUCCGCUGGUGCUGCUGCUGCUGUCGCUACUCCCGGUGGCCGUGGUGCUACGACACGCGGGGACCUCGUGCGCCUCAGCCAGGGAGGGGGUCCUGUGCGAGGACGACAAGCGGUUCGUGUCGCCCAUGGAUACCUACUGGCUGCAUGACACCGAGUUCAACUUCCACGUGGCCCACUGCGUGCUCUACCUGGAGCCGGGACUCACCGCCUCCCUGCUCAGCCAGCUCAUCGUCGAACGCAUCCUGGACAAGACCAACGACGAAGGGAAGCGCAUCUUUCGAAGGUUCACGCGCAAGGUGAUCCCCGUUGUGGGCGGAUUCACGUGGGUUGAGGACGACUCGUUCCGCAUCGAGAACCACGUCCUGGAGGACAACCGCGCCGUCAAGGACAGCGCCCAGCUGCGCCACUACUUGAUGGCUCUCAUGUCGCGCGGCAUGAACGUCAACCGGCCCUUGUGGGACGUCCACGUGUUGCCAAACUACGAUAGGGGCCGUGAGACCGUGCUCAUCGCCAGAGUGCACCAGGUGAUCAGCGACGGCGUGUCGUUGAUGAUGCUGUUCUGCAACCACCUCUGCGACCCGGGGCCGAGUCUGAAGCUGAAGCCUCGCUUCGGAGGUUCCAGCUUUCCCCUGAACGUGUGCCGUGCGCUGGUCGUGGGUCCCCUCACGUUCCUCAUCUCGUGGCUCUUGCUCACCAAGCGCGACUUCAACUACCUCAAGCGGGGCUCCAAGCCGCCAGGCCGCCAGAGGGUCAUCGCCUGGACGGCCGGAAACAUACGCCUGUCGCAGGUAUACCGCAUCAAGCAAAUCACGCGGAGCACCUUCAACGACGUCCUCAUGACGGCCAUGUCGGGAUCGCUUCGCAGCUUCUUCAAGAGGCGCGGCGUUGUCAACCCUCCCGACAUCAAGGUGUGUCUCGCUGUAGACCUGCGGUACGAGCCGGCGACCGGCGAGCCCGUCCCCGAGUUGGGCACCCAGCUGAGCAGUGCCCUAGUGCGUCUCCCCACAAACACCGAGGGUGCCAUACCGCGCCUUUGGGAAGUGCGGCAGGCCAUGGACGAGCUCAAGAACUCGCCGGACCCCGUGGUGCUGUACGGGGCAGCCAACAUCCUGUUCACCCUGCUGCCCUGCCGCCUGGCACACUGGUUCAUGGGCAUGUGGCACCGCAAACCGUCGGCGGUGUUCUGCAACGUGCCGGGCCCCGAAGAGCCUGUCGUGCUCGGCAUGACCCGCGUCAAGACUGCGGUCGCCUGGGCGGGUUGGACGCCCGAGGUUCCGCUGGCCGUCACCAUCACGUCCUACGCAGGCGCCUUCAACGUGGCCGUCUCGUCUCAGAUGGACAUUGUUCCAGAUCCCGACGAGAUCAUAAGGGAAUUCGCCAAUCAGUUGGACCACCUGUCUGACCUGCUGUCCAGACGGAGGAUCCCUGGGGAACACAGGCGUCGUUCCAGUUACACGGCUGAGCGUCGGAACCAAGAGAUCGCCAGGCCUCCCUUGCACGAGUUGCAACAGAAGCUUCAAAGUGUCCAGGACGAGCUGCAGCGGGUUCGGCACGCGUUGGAUGAACUACGCGUCCGAAGCCUCGGGACGCCCACAAGCGGCGACGGCGUCGCUCCUUUCGGGGACCUGCCCCUCGCGUCAGAACCGGAAGAAGGCCCUCUGGGAGCAGAGCGGCCGCGCUCACCAGCACCGCCGGUGACGACGCCGGAGGAAGAGGAGCGGGAACGGCUGGAAGCGCGGCUGGGCGAGCUCCAGGAGGAGUUCUCUGAACUUCUCAUAGGACUGCGUAGGCGCAAGUCGGUCGCCGACAACGUGCUUCUGGACACCGACGUCGAGGAAGACGAUGACUUGGAUGGUGAGCUACGCCGGCCUCAGAGACGCCGAGCACUGUCGGUCACGGUGCGGCGAGCAAGCCUUCAAGCAGUGGUGUCCACCACGCGGCCGCUCACCACCGGAUCAUCGCCCGUGUUCCGGUCGGCCGACCCGAGCCCUGGAGCACCAGAGACCAGGUCCUUUCUAGGGGUCACUAUCAGGGACGACUGACUAAGGCCACACCGCACGGGCCACCCAGCGGCUAACGGCCGCUUUCCGAGGGAGACGUGCGCGAACCUGGAGCAUGGAGUGCUGGGACACCUGUUUCUGCGGCAGAUACCGCCGUACCGCCUGGUGCCGGACGCAGCGUCGGCCAUCUCCAACUUCCUGUCCACACGACUCCGCCUCGGAUCGACGCCACGUCGCGUCGCCGUCGGUGACCCUUGCAGUGAGAGCAACAAGCAGCAGUCGGAGGAAGGCGUGCUUCUGCGCGCCGAACCUCGAUACGGAUACUUCUACUUCCCCGACGACGUUCUGUGCGUCGUGCCCGUGCACUACGUGUCCCCGCCCAGGGGAGGCUUCUUCCUGCCCAGGAGCAUACACACCAACAAAGGAAGCAACGCCAUCAUCGACUUAUCGCCCGCCAUGCCGUGGACGGUUCAUCGCUAGUCACUUUUCGUUUUCCUACUCCACCAUCUUCCUCGGUUGCGGACGGACUGUUAACCGCACUUUUCAAGGAAGCGACUGAAACGGAGACUCGGUUGAAGUCUUAAACUGUCGUGGUCACUUUCGACACCGUACGUUAUUGCAGUGUGGCAAAAUGAAACGGGCCGUACUUUCUAAGACCCCAUCCUUAAAUCCUGUCAUGCAUAAGUAUACCUUCACAUCGGUCAGGCUUCUUACAUUCGUCCCUGAUGAUGGUGAUCGUGUAGAAAACGAUACAAGCACAACGGCCAUAAUCAAUUGCAUAUGGAUCUUCCACAAAAUAAGUUUUGCGAGUGCGUGGCUUGAUGAUUUUGUGUAUUCAAUGCGUAGUCGAAGCGUCGUUGUAAUGCGACGCCGGAAAGUAGGUAGCCUCACUUGAUGAUGCUACGCUUCCGAUAGCGAAGUAAGGAGAUUGUUGACGCGAGGAAUCAGGUGGUGUCCCUGAAGGUUGCGCGAAGUGCUAUCUCCUCUUUUGUAAAUUGUAAUAUUAAGCAACAGUGUUCUCAACCGCGAGGUAACUUGUAAUCUCGUGGGGAAAACCACAUGUGUCGCCUAGGGAUGUCAUGACACAAAGCACCAUAUAUACAUCCUGCCGUGUAUACGUACGAAAGAAGUACUUAGGAUCACUGCACCAGCAAUCGCGCCCAAUGCAGCAGUUCCCGCUCCUUAUUAGCAGCGUUGUACCCAAUGCCAACGAUAGCGGAAACAAGACAUGUUGUAACGGCACCGUAGAAUAAAAAAGAAGCGUCAAAGUUGCUUGUACUGCGACCGUGAUAACAACCUUUAAUAUACCGGUGCGUUGGCAUUAAUAAGCUGUAACUGGUUUGUUCACAUCCUGCCCUGAACAAGUUUUGACGUCAUUGUUCGUUAGUAACCGCUAAAGCUGCCGGCUCGCUAAAGCUGUUAGUACUGCCCCUAUCCAUGGUAUGCGAACACCCGGAGGCUUGAAGAUGGUCAGGCCGAAGAAGUAGCUCCCACCCGUGCAAUUUUGACACGCGUCACCUUGCAGCUUAUGGGAACCGAGCACCUUCUCUUACACUUUUUUGCUACAUCUGUACUGGUGUACGAGCCAACUCAGAUUGCCGAGCCCUUGUUUGUCAUUGCCAGGCUUAAAGGGGCCCUGCGACACUUUUGCGACUGCCUUAUUUAGCACUGCAAAUGCGUGUAGUUAUGAAUCCCGAGAUGAACGCAAAAAGAAUUAUGCAAAUUGGUGCACGAAAAGUGAAGUUAUUAGUCCUCAAAGUUCAAAACUCAAGCAGACGACGACGAGAAACGUUUUUUUCGGAUUUCACUCUCCCGCUGACGUCAAAGACCGGUUCCAAUCACCGCGCGCGUCUUAUAAACCGGAAAUGUCACCUCAUGGUGGCCUUCACACAGUACAUUGCUACACCUCUUUUUGACGGCCUUGUUACCAUGCUUACGACAAACCACGUCCGUCAGCUAGCAGACGCUCCCAUGAUUUGUCGUGUAGUGCACAAAAUGAGUCUGGAAGACCUAACAGACCUCGAGCGCGAGCUCUUGCGACGCAGCGAUUGCUUGCAUGUCGUGCACGCCAUUGCAAAUUGAAAGUGCGUCGCUGAGCCCCGAGCAACGCGAGGAUGGCUCCAUGGGCCCAGACGAAACGCUAACGCCCGAUGACGCGGAAGGCGUCGGCCGGUAAGCGUUUAGAAUUUUUUUUUUUUUCGUUGAGAGCAUCGUGCCGAACUGAGCGUUGCGUGUUUCGCAGGUGCCGGUGUGGCCGGUGUCGCUCGAUGCCGCAAAAGACAAAACGCGGAAGAGUAUCGUUUGAUUACCAUUCCACAACGCACCUAGCCUCGUGUUCGUUGUUUUGAAAAUAUAUCAAUUAGAAAGAGGAAUCAUUUGUUUCUGAGAAAGCAUAAAAAGGGGUUUUGCUCUUCUUAGACCUCCGUAGUAUGGCCUAGCUACCACCAUAUGGAUAUUGCACGUCACGUGUCGCGUCAUGCCAAUCAAAAACGAACGGUCUUUGUCGUCACUGUCACAUGACAUCACAUCACUUCCUGUAACAGAAAUAGCCGAUGUGUGUCGCCAUAGUGCGAAAUCAAGGUAGUUUAUCCCGUGAAUUAAAAUUAUAACCGCUUCGAUUUCGCCGUUGCCACUUGCGCAACAAUAUCGGUGCAUUCCACAGUGCCAGAAGAACCGAUGAAAAAGACAUGCUCAAAUUGUGUCGCAGGGCCCCUUUAAAUGUUGCUUGCUUAUAUCUAUUUAUGGAACAGCGUUGAUUAUUGGUAUUCUGCAUGCCACGCACAUCUAGAUUUAGAUUUUGUGAGAAUAACGGUAUUAUGCAGAUAUACAAGCGCGUGAGAAAAUAAGUAAAGUCUAGUAACUUGUCAUGUGAAUGUGUGCUGCAAGCAAAGCUUUCCAAUGAAAGAGCAAUAGACAAGUUUCUUGAAAAUACUGCGGGAUAGCGCAGCUAGAAACUCUUUCGCAGGCUUCCACUGGGCACCUCAAAGUGAAAACACCUUUUCAGACACAUGUACGUUCAUCUGAGGUCUUCUUUAGUACGCUAUUCUGGAAGGGGCCCUGAAAUACAGUUUUCAUCCGAUUAAUUUUACGUCUUCCCUGGCGUACGUUGUAGCAAUGAUUCGCGAAGCAGCCUUGAAUAGCCUGGAUGUUAAAGUUCAUUACUGUUUGUCAACAUAAGCACUGCACGAAACACCUAACGAUUAAAAUAGGCAAUAACCACCAUAAUCAAACGUCGAUCUGAAUUGAGCAUCUUUCAGUUGCUCAAUCAGUAUAUCACCAAGUUGGGCUUGCUGUUGGAUGUUUGUGUUACCAUGUUCUUAACUGUGCCAGAGACGCGGACAAGAGAAAUCGAGAAGACAACGCGUGCGCAGACUCAAAGCUGAAUUUUACGGAGUGAAAGAUGGCGUAAAUACAGUGAACAUAAGACAACAUGCUCUCAUUGGUCAGGCAACGUCACGUGAACGCUCGAAUAGUUCACGUGUAUUGCGGUCCUUAUGACGGCGUAAAACCCUAGAACGUCAUCUUUGUCUCAUUUGCACAAAGUUUAAGAUUGAGCUAGUUGGUCUCUGUCUCCUUUGCACACUUGAGUGUGCAAAGGAAACAAAGAGGACGUGCAUCCCGCUUCUAGAACGAACCAGAGUUAUAUAUCGUCAUAAGAGCCCCGAUAAACGGGAGCCCUUCGAGGAUUAUGCGAUAAAGAAAACACGGGGAUGUGUCAGCGAUCUGUGGGUUGUACUUGCGGAUUGUGAGGUACAAUAUCUAGACGCCGUACUGUGAUGGAAGUGUUCACAUGGCCUUGUUUCACCAAUGAGCUCAUGCUGUCUUUUAUGUUCACUGCAUAUAUUCCAUCUUUCACGCAAUAAAAAUUAGUUGUGAGCCUGCGCACGUGUUGCCUUCUUCUCUUCCGUUAUCCGUGCUUCUAGCGCAGUUGCUCAGUCAGCAUAGUCCCGUACUUCGCCGACCACGUGUUGAAAAGCGCGAAGGUGUCUGCAAACCUUAACUGAAUUGGCUUCAGGGCUCCUUCUAAGCACAUUUAGUCUGAAAAUGAGCAAUCUCCCUGCCACGACGAUCCACCCGGACAACGCCAUGACCGAUCGCCAACGACACCAUGUCAUCGUUCCCCACGUUGUCCAGUGACGUUUGUACAACGCUGACGCAAUGAACGCAUUUCGUGCCCAUGCUGUGUCAACAACUGUUCGUCUGUCAGUCUAAUCGGCGCAAGUCCAUCCCCGCGGUUACGACGACGAUGGCUUUGAGUGAAUCAGUGGACGCUGGAAUAUUGCCGGACAUUAUCCCUAAGAACGUGUCCGCCAAUCGAACAAAGGCAACCAUAGACAACCCGACAGGCAUCGUUACCCGUCAUUCCUUCAUCGACCGUAGUUGCUAGUAGUUCAAGAGUUACGUGUUGUUCCGACCGUUGUAGAGGCGGUGAAGGUGUGGUGAAUGUGUUGGCCGUGUACUGGUGAAACCGUGCACAUUGUUCAGCGAUGGAGUGGCAGCUCAUCUCAACGUAGUGCAGUUUUCACUGUGUUUCCUAAAGCGUUCAGUGGUGACCUUUAUGUUGACUGUCUGACGUGCGAACGAAGAAAAACAAAAAAAAAAAAGAGAUGACCGUCUUGCAAAUCUUCCUGGUGUCUCUGAUCAUUCAUUUUGUCUUGAUUUUGGAUCUGUCUCGUCUUCUUCGUCACCGGAGAGCUGUCAUGCCUUCUUUUUAAUACCAAUAGCAUUGAUUAAAGAACAUAAGCUGUUGCCCUGCUUUUUAAGGUGUUUGGGUACAUUUAGACACCACAUUCACAGCGUAAACGUUCUAUUCCUUGAUGUUAGUUUGAAAAUAGCCGCCAUGUACA